AUGUGCAAUUCCAUGUUUUGUUUGAAAUAUGAGAGUUAUAUUUUUAUCGCUGUAACUUCCUCAAUCGAAACUCCCGAGCCAUCUUCCGUUCUGAGACCAAGAGAAUACAAUCCCCAUCCUUAUGAACAUGGAGAGUUUGAUCAUUUGAACAAAGUUGAAGAAAGUAUCGACCACAAUCGUUACAAAUUUUUGGAAAAUUUGUAUAAUCAAGCUCCCAUUCAAUUUCCGAAAAAUGAUCCAAGCCCGCCACGAAAACUAUCAAAUCCUUAUGAGAAAAUUGCUUUGAGAGAACGCCCACGCAAAACUCAUCGAUUUUCAGGACAUGACAAUCAAAUUCUUCCAACGGCUUACAGCGCUUUAGCUCGUCACGCAAAAAAAGUUUUGAACAACAAAGUUGACGGAAAUCACAUCGACGACUAUUACUACGACGAUGAAUUAACAUCACAAGCCUCUCAUCAACACCCCGACAAGAAACAUUACGCCUUUUCUUACACCGUAAAGGACAAAGCUUCAGGCGAUGACUUUUCCCAUACGCAACAACAAGUCAACGGCGCCGUUAAAGGCAGUUACAAAGUCCAAUUACCCGACGGCAGGAUGCAAAUUGUCAGUUACAUCGCCGAUCACAACGGAUAUCGCGCCGAUGUCAAGUACGAGAACGAACACGGGCAAAUCGUUGAAUCGUCAGCAGCUCCCGCAGCGCCUGUUCAUCAUCAUCCGCAUCACGAACCGCAAGAAUAUUCGUACGAACAACCUCAGGAACCGAAUCCGACGGCAUAUUAUCAUCACACAGCUCCCGUUUUGAACGUUAAAAUUCAUAGUUAUCAAACAGCGCCGCAUAAACAGCACAUUUUGAACACUCAUGCAAUCCCGUCGACGCCAGCACCAACAGUUCCUGCCUAUUAUGGAUCAACUACGGGUGUUCCGUUGCAAAUUCAAUCGAAUCAUCUGCUUGAAGGACCUUCUACGACGCCAAUUCCGCAAUAUUCGUACCCGUCACAGCCUUCUUACGUCAAUAAAGAGUCGCUUUAUGACUUUUACGACUACGAUGGGGGCAGCAACGGGUAUGUCGCGAUACAAGAAACUCCCAAAUAUCGAAGGUCCAGCGAAAAGAGCGAAGGAAAAGUGCUGAAAAAAGGUCGUGGUUUGCUAAAAUAUAAAGAUACGACGGAAAAAAGUAUUUAA